UCAUAAUUAACGCGUGUGGCAUUAGAAGAAAGAGCAUUGCGGCUUGUUUCGAACGCUUUUUUUCACGCUGUAUAUUUAAAAGCUCUUAAAGUCGAAUUAUUUACCACGAUCAAUGGAUUGUAAGCAAUCUAGAUGCAGAUUGCAGAUCGUUUUCGCAGUCUUUCCAUAUUAAAGCCCAAACCAGUAACGUCGUAAACAUGCGGCAUAAAUGUGUGGUCGGUGGUUGUCCGAACAGAUCGGACACCAUUAUUCAUUACAAGUUACCCGAGGAUCCCAAAAGACGGAGUCUGUGGUUAAAGUUUAUCAAAGACAGUAAAGCUAAUGCGGAAGACGCGACCUCUUCGUGCCGAGUAUGCGGGAAUCAUUUCUCCGAGGAGGACUACUUCAAAAUGGAUCUGGGUUACACAACAUGCAUGAUACUAAGCGUGGAUGCUGUUCCUACAGUACAGACUGUUAAUCGAUCACUUGAGCCAGAAAGGGAGAUACCGGAAGCAGAAGAUGAGAGUGUGGAAGAUGUUGCAUGUAAAAUCACCAUUUCUGAGGCCGUUUCACUCGCUUGCGUCAAAGAGGAGCCUCUUGAAUAUGAGCUGAGUACCAACAUGACAUCUGGACAGGUGCUGAACUCCUCACUGGAUGAGGGGGUUAAAUAUGAAGAGAGUGAGCUAGCCGUCACUGAGGACGGCAUCUCGACUGUACUUUUUGGGGUUAAAGCAAAUCAUGGCAGAAAGUUCAUCAACUGUCUAACCUGUGGCCAGAAGUUCCGCAGCAGACGCACACUAAUGAAGCAUCGACGGGCUAAUCACGCUAAAAAUAAAACCGAAGCUGAAGUCAAAGAAAAGUUUUUCAUUUGUUCAAUUUGUGGGGAGAGGUUUCAUAAAAUGGGUCUCCUUUUGCGCCAUCGAGUCAUACACACUAAGGAGAAUCCAGAAGGGAGGUUCGUGUGCCAACAUUGCGGAAAGGGCUUCCCACAUCAAGCUUUUUUGAAAGCUCACCAGAAAGUUCACGAGGAUGCGGAGUCGACCAUGCCGUUCACAUGCCACUUAUGUCCCAGACGUUUCGGCUACAAAGUUGCUCUCGUUGCUCACAUGAAACAUCACUCAUCCAAACUCACGUGCAUCUGCCCCAUCUGUGAAAAGAGCUUUCAGUUCAGAGGUUCCCUCAUUCAGCAUCUCAAAUCAUCUCACGCUGGAGAGAAACUCUUGUGUAAGACCUGCGAUAAAGGUUUCCUGAGAGUCAACGGCUACGUCAAACACAUGGACAAACACAACGUCAUGACCCCGUUCCACUGCGACAUCUGCAAAAUUUAUCUUUCGCAGCGAGGCUACGCGGCACACAUGGCCACCCACGAGCAGAAGAGCCUUCCAGAGCAGCGGUCUGCUGAGAACCAGCCAAAUGAUACCGAAAUAAGUCUCAUCAGCGUGAAUAGCUCUGAGGAAGGACUGGAUCCAGUGACCGCGAGGAAGGAAGAAGCCGAGAUGGAGCCGCUCAGUGAAGAUGAGAUGGAGGUUCUGUCUGGGGAUCCAGUGGAACCAUCAACUGUCGAAGGUUUGGAGUCUGGAAAUGUGGUUGUGGAAAAGGAACUUCAAGAAAAUCAUGAAGAGAAGCAGAAGAGCGAGGAAAGCUCUGGAACACAGUGAGACCUCAGUCUAAACAGCAAUUUAUAAUCAACUGCGUAAAAAAAAGUUUUGUUUACCCAAGACAAAAAACUCAUUAUUUUUUUUAUUUUUAAGAUUAUGGUUAAAACUAAGGACCUAAUGUUUUGAUCAUGAUCAGUUAAGCUAGAAAUUGUAGGUAUCUUUUUACAGAAUAUGUAACAGUAUAUUGUAUGUACAUUUGAUUAUCUUUUAAUCAUGUAAAAAUGUCUCUGUGGUGUUAGUAUUAAAGUUAAGCUGAUAAUAAAUAUUUAGACAUUAUAUGUGCAUAUUUACGACGACAAAUACUUUAUAAGAUGCAUUUCUUAAAAACUGUUAAAAUAUAAUUUAUGAUUAUAACUAUAUAACAAUCAUGCCUUCUUUUUGGUAAAGUCUUGAUGCAAAGAGAUUCACUUAUGAUCAGAUUUUAAAAAGUUUUGAAUACUGUAGUUUAAAGGUUUGGCACUAGUAAGUUCUAGAAAUGAAUACUUUUAUUCAGUAUAGAAUGCCUUAUAUUGACCAAAAUGACAAUAAAGACAAUUAUAAUUCGCA